UGGCUGAAGUCGAAAAUGAUUUGUCACGCCCAUUUUACUCCGGUCUGCAGCAAUAUCUAUUUGGAACAGUUCGUUAACACUUUAGUUGCGAUACACACAUCAUCUCGGAAGAAAGCAGCCGUGCUGUUUGCUCUAAGCCGAGGGCAGAUAUCCUUUCAGACGAACAAUAUGUUUGGCACAGUUGUCAUUGGGGUUGGAAUAGCUGGACGCGUGAGAAUACGAGAUCUUGUCAAUCCACUUCUGUCCACUGCCUCUGAGAAAAUGAUCCCUAAAGGCUUUGUUUCCAGGAGAACUCUAGAAGAUCAGCAAGGACUGAAGCAGAUAUCUCUUGAUGACGCUCUGGCAAGAGAAGAUAUUCAUGCAGCAAUCAUCUGUACAGAAAACAGCUACCAUGAAGACUGCAUCAGAAAGUUUUUAGAAGCUGGAAAGCACGUAUGUGUGGAAUACCCCAUGGCGUUGACCUUGGCUGCUGCCCGUGAUCUUUGGGACCUUGCUGAUGAGAAAAGGAAGGUUCUGCAUGUAGAGCACAUAGAGCUAUUGACAGCAGAUUAUAAACAGCUAAAGAAGGAUAUUCAAGGCAAGGAGCUCAUAAAUGGAACAUUACAUUUUACAGGUGGCCCUCUUCCUCCAUCUUUUGGAUUCAUCUCCUUCAGUGGAAUAGCAAGGUUGACAUGGCUUGUGGAUCUUUUCGGAGAGCUGACCUUAACAUCAGCACACCUAGUAGAAGAAAAAGACAAGAAUUAUAUUAAGUUAAAUGCAAGCUUUCAUACCACAGAAAACUUGCCACUUACUUGGAUUGAGGAGAGAGGUCCAGGGUUAGGCAGAUGCAAAAACAUAAACUUCCAUUUUACCUCGGGCACUAUGACAUGCUUACCUGAUGCCCCCCGUGAGGCUGUUGGUGUUUUUAUGCAGGACUUCAUCAUCUUCAGCCAGAAGCUGCAAGGUCAAGUCUGCCAAGAAGCAUUGCAAGAAGAGAAGAGACGAAUCCUACACUGCUUAGAGCUGGCAGAAAAGAUCCAACAACUGUGCGAAAAGACAACUGGUAGUCAUAUCUGAUUACAAACAUCAGCAUAGCUAGUCAUCUAGGAAAAGGUGUACAAAUGCUUGUUAUACUGGCGUCCUGUGUAAGCACAAUAGGUGUGUGUCAUAAAUAAGAAGUUAACCACGUUUUAAGGGCAAGUAGCUAAGUUUAUAAGGCCAUAAGUAAUGUAAUUCUGUGUAAUUGUUGCACUUUAAUCAGAAUGGAAGGCAAUUAAACAGAAUAUGUGAAACACUAUAUAAGAGAAAUGAGAGUUACAUAUUAAAUGUUAUGGGGAGGAUUGCACGGAAGUGUAAUCUAUUAAGAUUAUUAAUAUAUAUUAAUUAAGGUAUCUUUUAUGAAAGGGAAUUGCAAAUACAUAAGAUUUCUUUAAAUGUAAGCAAUUAAUUAUUAUUAGCAUCCUUCUUCCAAGAAAUGCGCAAUAUUUUAAUUGUUCAACCACACAGUGCUUUCGAAUCGGUUCUGAAUCUGCCUUCUGGUGGACCUGGUCCUGCCCUGUGCCAACCUAAAUGAAGGCGUUCACAUUGCCUUUGGGAAAUGCUUUGUGUGGUGGCUGGCGCUGCUCCUUCACCACUCAUAUGCUGUGUGUUUGUGUGACUGUAAGUGUGAGUAGACACUCCUUUUGACUGGAUUUCAUUCAUUUAAUUAAGGCCUAAUGCUUUCAACACCCUUGAGAAUCGUUUGUUUAAGGUUUAGGCUCAGAAAAUGAAUGGGCUUUGCCCAGGACUCUCACUUAAGAUCAUACAUGGCUCUUUGCUGCAGUCACUAGACUUCCCCAGCUUCACCAAUAGAACUGAUCUUCUCGGACAGUUAAUGAAGAAAAAAUAACUGAGAUAUCAUUAGUAGCAACAAUAGUGAGGGGGAAUAAAUGUCAUUAGAUGAGAUCACAAAGCACAUUUUGCACUAAAGAUAAACAGCAGACGUCUUGAGGAAUCUGAGAGCACGUCAUGACUGAAGUGUGAUACCUUGCAUUCACAGACACUACUCCUCUUACGUACUUUAGCUAUGCUAAGUUGAGAGGUGAAUACAUAUUUCAUAAAUACAACUUAAAAACCGUCUUUCAGAUUUCUGAAGAGUGGCAGUGUUACAUGUUGGUUGAACAUUUUAGAGUACAUCAUACACAACAGUAUUACUACUUUUACUACAAAAAAUCUUACUAAACAAAAAAAACAGCUUUAUUUAAUGGUGGCCAAGGCAUAGCAGGUGUGCGGAAUCCUUGACAGAGCAGAUUAAGGUAAUUUAACUUGAAAACUCUUAUAUAAAAUUGCAAGAACAACGAAACUGCUUAUAAUUUUAAAUAAAGGAAAGUUUCUGUAGACUCUGUGACCAUGUGAUGAAAAAAAAUAAGCUGUAGAAAAUUAGUUUUGUGUCAAAUCAAAUAUUUUGUAUUUGCCAAAUUCAAAUGAGGAGUCUGUUUAAUAUUAAAACCCCACUCCUGUUCUGGUCCUGUUUUUGGAAAUUUAGAUUACUGGUUGCUAAGUCUGAGACUGUAGUUUUGUACCGUUAUAUGUACAGAUCAGUCCAUGUUCUGAUACCACUUCAAAUUUAUAUAGUGAUCAUGAUGUGCAUGUCUCAGUCAUACUGAUUCUGAAGAAGGCGAUAUAAUAAUAACAAAUUAGAACUUUUUGCCUGUCCUAACAUACUUGCAUCAUGCUGAAGUUUUGAUUCCUCAUUUGCCAGAACAUCUGGCACUAUACUAUUUGUGUUAAGAUUGCUAUAUAGAAAAUAAACUGUAUAAGCUGUA